UCUUUGCCACCAUGGAUCCACAGAGCCAGACUACUUCACUGCAGCGACUGCAGAACGUCGAAAAGGUAUAUUCUUCCAAUCUCAGUGGUAAUAAAUGCAAACACUUGAUUUGGAUAAAUCGAUUUUCUUGUGUCCAGAGAAUAGUCAGGGUGCUAGAGCUAGCAGGCGGAGUAAUGGACGAAAUGGCAAACCCUAGUGGUCCUAGGAAGGAGCUCGUGAACAGCCAUUGCAGCGAGUUCAUGCAAUCAGUAAAGGAUAUUCAGAUGACGUUGCGAGAGGAAAUAAAGAGCGCGUGUGAGUAUCGGCCUUUUGAGAAGUGUGAUUAUGUUCCAAGGAUAUCGAACGAGAUCUGUUGCAAGAAAUUGGAAUAUCUGAUUGCACAGGUAGAUGAGAUGAGGCUAACAAUUGAUGAAUAUAAUGAAGCAUGAGAUUGCAGAACCUGGUAAUUUUUAAACCUGCUUUGAGGAUGGUGACUGCUGCAUUGUAUAGAGUUGGCUUGGCUGCAUUGCUUUGUUAAACUAUUAGUUUUAUCCAUUUCGAGGCGUAGAGGCUUUAACCUUACAAUGUAGAGCUCGUAUGUCCGGAAAUGUAUCAAGAAUAGCUCUAAUUGUAUUGGGUGAUAAGUUGCUCCUAAAUUUGAUUUGCUCUCAUCCUCCUUCACUCUUUGAUUCUCAUUUGCAUUAAUGGAGAUACUCAUAUGAUUCAAUUCCUCUUGUUAGGUCGGCGUGCUGUCUAAAAUGAGGGAUGCUAUUACAUAUUAUCAAUGUGUAUUCACCUUGGGUUGUUCUCUUU